AUGGCGGUUUCGCUGCUUGCUACACCGGCGCAGCCGUCUUCAAUAGACGCGUGUGACCCCAACUCUCACAACACAAGCUCGUCCUCUUCGCCUCGGCAAUAUCCCACCGAGCUGACGGAUCCCAUCCCGGAAGAAUGCGAUGAGACCGAUAGUGAAGCAGUAAACGAACCCGUCACCCCCGUGAGCGGCCGUCAGUCGCAAGAUUUCCAGACCCUCGCGAACCCAGACGGCCACCUGGACGCGGCCCACGAACAACUUGCCUCCGAUCAGGUCGCCGGCGCCUUUCCAUCCGUUCGGCAGCCCGCCGCACUCAGCUCGAAGCCGCCCCUUGUCGUUGACACCUCGGCUACCACCCCACCAAGGGCACCCAGAAGCCCCCAGGAAACACCCCGGGCGGCUGGUCCCACGACGCCCACACCCGGAACCCCUUCGCUCGACCUAGAACCCACUGGUGCGCUUUCUUCAAGACGUUCGACAUUCGGCUCAUCUUCAAAUUUCAGACGCACCAUGUCUAGUUUUUUAAAACGUGUCGGGUCGCAGUCUGACAAGGCGACAGUUGGUGCCGACUCUGCCACCGCAUCGACUUUACAAUUGCCAGAGCCCGCUCACCGAAAGAUGCCAAACCGCCGGUGGUCAAUGAACAGGAGCUCGGCUACUACCCGCUCCAACUCACCACCGUCGCCGAGCUCACCGCUCGAGAUAGCCGUUAAGUCAAGGGAGGACGCAUCACAACCAACAAUACCGGGAUCAGACGCCUUCUUCAAGAAAAAAUCGCGUACAUCGACUGGCUUUACAUUGCGUUCUCGCCCAGUCGUGGGGAAAGAGACAUCCUCGAGACAGGAGCUCCAGCUCAGGCGACGCGCCAGCAGUUUUGAUUAUACCAAGCAGGAGCCGGCCGCGGACGGCGACUCGGAGAAGGCCAUUCAGAUGGAGAGAUCUCUCUGGGGGCUCCCCGCCGAGACGGGAACUGGCGUGAAGGCUCGCCGCAUGAGCCUCAGCUUACCCGACGAUUUUACCGUGGAUGUCAUCGAGCUCGCGUCGGAAUUCGAGUACCAGCACAAGCUACUGGGCCGGCACCGCAAACACUUGGGUAAGGGCGCGACCUCCAAAGUGACAUUGAUGGUGGCCAAAACCGGCGGCGAGCUAUUCGCCGUCAAGGAGUUCCGGGGCAAGUCGUCGAGCGAGACGCGUGAAGAGUACGAGAAGAAGAUCAAGUCCGAAUAUACGCUCGCAAAGAGCUUGCACCACCCCAACAUCGUCGAGACGAUACGGCUUUGCAUCGAUCGCGGGCGUUGGAACCAUGUCAUGGAAUACUGUGAGGACGGCGAUCUGUUCAACCUGGUCAACAAGAAGUACCUCAAGACCGAAGACAGGGAAAAAGACCGGCUCUGCCUCUUCAAGCAGCUGGUGACAGGUAUCCACUACCUUCACUCGAAUGGCAUCGCCCAUCGCGACAUCAAGCUCGAAAACCUGCUCAUCACAAAGGAUUCGAGGCUCAAGAUCACCGACUUUGGCGUCUCAGAGGUCUUUUCGGGCAUCCACCCGGGACUAAGGGAAGCUGGCGGCCAGUGCGGGAUAAACAUGGGUGAGGUGCGGAGUUGCGCCCCGGGCAUCUGUGGCAGCAUGCCUUAUAUCUCGCCAGAGGUCCUUCAAAAGAAGGGCAACUAUGACCCGCGGGGCCUGGAUGUCUGGAGCUCGGCCAUCGUCAUGGUCAACCUCAUCUUCGGCGGGCCCUUGUGGCACAAGGCCGAGCUCUCGCCGAAUGCUUCGCCGCGGGAAACCUACACCAGUCUUGUGCGUGGCUGGGAGAAGUGGACGGAUAAGCACACUGAUGCUACCGACACCGUCAUCACUGACAUGGAUUAUCCGCACGUGUUCUUUUUCGACACGUUCGUGAAGCCACCGGCUCUGAGGCGCGUCCUCCUCCAGAUGCUUAACCCGGAUCCGGAGAAGCGGAUCUCGAUAGCGAACGUGAUCAGUAACCGAUGGGUGAAGAACAUUGAGUGUUGCCAACCCGAAAGCUACGACGAACCAAACGCGGCGCACAUGAUCGAUGCCUCCAAGAAGCCUGGCCAAAACCGCGCGAGUGGCAAGAAGAUCUACUGCCAUAACCACCUUCCUCCUGUCGCGCACAACAGCCACUCGCUCGGAAAAAUGCCCGGCAGCGCUGGCUAUUGA